AUGUCGCCCGUUGCCAUUGAUUGGUCCAAAGUGGAUCAUCCCGCCCUCGUCUUCGACCGUUUUCCUAGCCGCAGAUCGGUCGUAUACGGAGUCAAAGGUAUUGUGUCCUCAUCCCAGCCCUUGGCAACCGAAGCUGGCCUCGAGAUCCUCAGGAAGGGAGGAAACGCCGCGGAUGCCGCAGUAGCUACCUCUGCAGCCUUGAACGUGACUGAGCCGACCUCUUGUGGGAUUGGCGGUGAUGCUUUUUGUCUUUUUUAUGACGCCAAAACAAAAAAAGUGCAAGCAUUGAAUGGUUCUGGGCGUGCACCACAGAAACUUUCCGUCAAGUACGCGCAAAGCCGCGGGUUGACGGGUUCAAUCCCUCACACUGAUCUCAACUCUGUGACGGUUCCAGGUGCUGCUGCUGCAUGGAUUGAUACAAUCGAGCAUUUCGGUAGCGGAAAGGUAACCAUUGCUGACAUUCUCGACCCGGCCAUCCGAUUGGCAGAUGAAGGCGUGCCAGUCUCUGAAGUUCAUAGUCAUGCUGUGCGCUACUGGGCUUUCUCGCCAUGUAGUCUACUCAAGACGGCGUCCGCUAAUGGCGAUGAAAUGCUUUUGGAUGGAAAGGCUCCCUUGCCAGGCCAAAUUAUCAAAUUACCAAACCUUGCCCAAACAUUCCGAGAGUUGAUUGCAAGCGGGAAGGAUGGAUUUUAUAAAGGAAGAGUUGCUCAGGCAAUCGUUGACCUCGUCCAAAGUAAAGGUGGGGUCAUGGAACUCACAGAUAUUGCCGAGCACAAGUCAACAUUUGUCGAACCAAUCCAAUAUACCUAUGCAAAUGAAGUCACUGUAUAUGAGUGUCCUCCCAACGGUCAAGGGAUUACUGCUUUGAUCGCUCUCGGCAUUCUGGAGAGUAUGCAAGAACAAGGUCUUGUCAAGGCGCUGUCGGAGAUGAAACAUAACUCUCCCGAAUACCUCCAUACGUUGAUCGAGGCCUUGCGGCUAGCGUUCGCAGAUAGCCAGUGGUAUGUUACGGAUCCCGAUGUGAGGCAUGUCCCAGUCAAAGAGCUUUUGAGCAAGGAAUACUUGGCGUCGAGGGCAAGAUUAUUCAACCCUCAAAGGACUAACCCUCGAGUAAUUCAUGGGAAUCCAAACAAUUCGUCGGACACCGUUUACUUUUCUGUUACAGACCAAUGGGGAAAUGCCUGCAGCUACAUUCAGAGUAACUAUGCUGGUUUUGGCACAGGUGCUAUCCCCAAGGGUUGUGGUUUUACUCUUCAAAACAGGGGAAGUGCCUUCGUCUUGGAUGAGAAUCAUCCGAACGGGUUAAAGGGAGGGAAACGUCCUUAUCACACUAUCAUACCUGCGAUUGCCACUCGAGGCGAUGACCUAUUCCUCAGUUAUGGGGUGAUGGGUGGCUUCAUGCAGCCUCAAGGUCAUGUUCAAGUCCUCCUUAACAUCCUCAGAGGAUUCACUGCUCAAGCAGCCCUUGAUGCGCCUCGGUUCUGCAUAUCAGCCGGCACUCCCGAUUCGGCGUCAGAACAUACCAACAGUAAAAUUUAUCUUGAGGAAGGAAUUGAUUUAGAAACGGUGAACAAACUUCGGGACAUGGGGCACGACGCCAGCAUAGCGGUUGGUUUUGAUCGAGGGAUGAUGGGCCGCGGACAGGUCAUUCAGAGGAUUCAGGAUAUAUCAGGCAGGACGGUCUGGGCGGCAGGGUCCGACCCUCGAGCAGAUGGACAUGCUGCUGCACAAAUUUGA